CAUGGUGGGAAAGAUGGGGAGGAUGUCACUGGACUCCCAGUGUGGACGGAGGAGGACGCUGAGCUGCUUGUUCAUGUUCCUCCUGCUUCUCACCGCAGGAGGACUGCUUCUUUUCCUCCAGCAUCUCGACAAAUCGGAGACGGCGCCCCGACAUUCUGAUAUGAAACUUGAUGGAAUUGUCCAGCAAUCCAGGGAGGACAAGGAGCGAGAAAAUCAAGAUCCCCAAGUUGGUGACAUCAUGGUUCCGAGUCCAAUCUCCCCCAUCCAGUUCCCGCAUUUCUGGAAGAGUGAACAGUUGGUCAUGGGUGGAUCCCAGGAACAGGACUUGGGCUCACAGCGCAUCUCCAAGAAGCACCGCAAGCUCCUGAAAACAAGUCCACCCAUGCAGCGAACCAACACCUCUCCCUCCUCCUCCUCCUCUUCUUCUUCUUUGACUUCAUUCUCAAGAUUGUUUCCCCUCCAGCAUUGGCGGAAGCUCCUCAGCAUCUUGGAGAGACGCCGGCAGAUCAUUAAGAAGAUGUGCGCCAAGUACAAGAGCAACGUCUCCAAGACCAUCACGCAGGACCAAGUGAAGAACAUCUUUGUUGAGGACAAGCACAAGGUCCUCUACUGCCAGGUACCCAAAGCAGGCUGCUCCAACUGGAAGCGGACUUUGAUGGUCCUGGCAGGAGUAACGUCUGACCCUCACAGCAUCACCCACGAUACGGCCCACUUCGGCAACUUCUUGAAAACCCUGAACAGUUUCGACCGGCAGGGCAUCAUGCGCCGCCUGAACAGCUACACCAAAGUCAUGUUUGUGCGAGAGCCUUUCGAGAGGGUCGUGUCGGCCUACAGGGACAAGUUCGAGAACCCCAACGACUACUACCACAAAGGCUUCGGGAGGCCCAUCAUCUCCAAGUACAGGCCCAACGCCACCAGGUCGGCCUUGGCGUCGGGCAACGGAGUCACCUUCCAGGAGUUUGUGCAGUACCUGCUGGACGUGCACCGGCCCGUGGGCAUAGACAUUCACUGGGAACCGGCCAACCAACUGUGCAACCCGUGCCUCAUUGACUACGACUUCAUCGGCAAGUUUGAGAACAUGGAGGAGGAGGCCGAUCUGCUGCUGCGCUUGGUGGGGGCGCCGCGGAACCUCACGCUGCCCAAAUUCAAGGACCGGAACACGUCCGACGAGAGGACGUCGUUGAAGCUCACGCAAAAGUAUUUUGAGCGCAUCGGCGCGGUGGAGAGACAGCGGGUGUACGACUUUUACUACAUGGACUAUCUCAUGUUUAAUUACUCCAAACCUUAUCAGGCUUUACACUGAUGGAUUGGCGUGGCCACUUCUGCAGCUAUUCCACAUCGGUCGUCUUGUUUGAGGAUUUUUUCCCUUUGUUUUUACAAUCUUUGUACCAGAUUACAAGAUGCAAAAAUGUGUAUAAUGCUGCAUUCGAUUUCCGCUUGACAAUAAGCGUACCCUGGUCAAGCCUUUAUAAAUGAUUUUUCCAGAUUGGUUAUGAGCAAUGCUUUGUGAAGCCAAAGUUUCUGUCACGUCAAAAUAAAUGUGGAAGUAGACAAGAAGUUCAUUUAUUUUGAUUUUGGGGUAACUGAUGCAACAUAUUUUACUUACACGACACU